CACGUGCGUGAACCUCCUCAAUUUGGCGCACUAAUCCUAAAAGGAGCCAUGAAGUGUUAAAUGGUAGAAACAGAGACAGCGGCGCUCAGACACCCGCACGCUGGGAGAGAGGGAGGAAACAGCGCUGCUCCAAUGCGUCUGUGCAACACAGACUGAAGAAAAAAAAACUUAUCGACACACAAACUCAAAACCUGCGCUGCGCAAUUAGUGCGUGAAAAUCCACUUUUUCUCCGGUUUUGAAGAAAAUAAAUAAAUAAAUCAAGCUGGCUCAGUGCGUGUCUCAGCAGCCCACUUUGACAGGUGCUCCUCACCCCCUUUGGAGGACUGUCAACAGCAAGAGGAUGGCAUCAGAGCUGGCAAUGAGCAACUCCGACCUGCCCACCAGUCCCCUGGCCAUGGAAUAUGUUAAUGACUUCGAUCUGAUGAAGUUUGAAGUGAAAAAGGAGCCGGUGGAGCCCGAUCGCAGCAUCAGCCAGUGCAGCCGCCUGGUCGCCGGGGGAUCCCUGUCUUCCACCCCAAUGAGCACGCCUUGCAGCUCGGUUCCCCCCUCGCCAAGCUUCUCGGCGCCCAGUCCGGGAUCAGGGAGCGAACAGAAGGCACACUUGGAGGAUUUCUACUGGAUGAACGGGUACCAACAGCAGUUGAACCCCGAGGCUCUGGGUUUUAGCCCGGAGGACGCCGUAGAGGCGCUCAUCAGCAGCAGUCACCAGCUCCAGACCUUCGAUGGCUAUGCCAGGGGGCAGCAGUUCGGCGGCGCAGCCGGGGCAGGGGGCUCCAUGGCCGGGGAGGAGAUGGGAUCAGCAGCCGCCGUGGUAUCGGCAGUUAUCGCUGCAGCCGCAGCUCAGAAUGGGAAUCCCCACCACCACCACCACCAUCACCACCACCACCAUCCAGGGGGACAUAAUUCCUCCUCCGGGUCGCAAUCCAGCGGCGGCAUGGGGGGAAACCACCAGCACCUGCGCUUGGAUGACCGGUUCUCGGACGAGCAGCUGGUGACCAUGUCGGUGCGGGAAUUGAACCGGCAGCUCCGGGGGGUCAGCAAGGAAGAGGUGAUCCGUCUGAAACAGAAGAGGAGGACGCUAAAGAACAGAGGCUAUGCCCAGUCCUGCCGGUACAAGCGGGUCCAGCAGCGGCACGUCUUGGAGGGCGAGAAGACGCAACUCAUUCAGCAGGUGGACCACCUCAAGCAGGAGAUCUCCCGGCUGGCCAGGGAGAGGGACGCCUACAAGGAGAAAUACGAGAAGCUGAUCAGCACCGGCUUCAGAGAAAACGGAGGGUCCGGCAGCGACAACAACCCCUCGUCCCCGGAGUUUUUCAUGACGUCCAGAAAGUUCCUCCAUCUGUGAUAGAGAGCUGUGUCCGUCCCACCACCCUGGAUUUUGAGAUAUCAUGACACUGGAAUGCUGAUGUUUCAAGAGCAACCUCAACACCCAGACUGCCAUAAAGCACAAUGUCUCAAAAGCAACCCAACAGCGGCUUCAAGGCGACCAAUCCACAGCAAACCCCGAAGCCAGAUUCAAUAUUAAAACAAUGAUGAUAAAUAAUGACAGGAGAUGGAAAUCCCUCACAUUCAUCUGCUCAAACAACAGGGGAAGAAACACAGAAAUUCAAGGUCCUGGAGAUUUUCCUCAUACUCAAGCGGACAUGGAUCAUCCCGCAAAUACCUCCAAAUUAUCAUUUAGAUUUACCAGAGUAUAGAUUAAAUAAAAUAACAAACGAUUAUGCCCACACCCCUUUAGCACAUGCCCAGAAUUAAGAUAUUGUAAAUAUUGUACAGAAAGUGAAUAGGGACAUUGAUAAGAAAUACAAGUAUUGCAGAAUAAUGUAUAUAGCCAUAAGAAUCAUACCUCUAGUGUGUUUAUAUAUUCAUGAGUGUCACAUGCCCAUUACUCCUUUUUUCUUCUAUGCCCAAAAAGAUUUAGCACAAUGAUGAACCAACGAUCUCUGUAUUUCAAUAGGAAACAUCUUCGUGGAACUAGAGACUGAAUUGAAUUGGGAAGACACAAUAUUGGGCAUUCAGUGCACUACUGCAGCAAACUGAUGCAUAUGCCAUGGAGUGUAUGCUUAUUAGGUAACCCUGUAUUCUUAGCAAGACAGGUCAGUAGCUUUUAUGAACUUUUAAAAAGACAAUUUAUAAAUGAAAAAUAAUCAAGAAAGUUAUAAAAAGCUAGAGACAAACACAAC